CUCAACUAUGGCGGGUAUCCACGAAGGUCCCGAGUAUGGGAUCGGAGACUUUGUGCUCCUUCGGGAGCUUACAAUGGAACAUUUUAUGGAAAAUCUGCAAAAAAGGUUUGAACAGUCAAGAAUAUACACCUAUAUUGGUGAAGUUGUAGUUUCGGUGAACCCGUAUAAACCGAUGGACAUUUACAGUGCCAAAUAUGUCGAUGAGUACAAGGGCAGAGAGAUUUAUGAGAGACCGCCACACAUUUUUGCUCUAGCAGACAGUGCCUAUAAAACCAUGAAACGCAGUUCCAGAGACACCUGCAUAGUUAUAUCAGGUGAAAGUGGAUCUGGAAAAACCGAGGCCUCGAAGAUUAUCAUGCGAUAUAUUGCAGCCAUAACCAAUAUCUCCGGUCAGAAAGAAGUUGAAAGAGUAAAAGACAUUCUGAUUAAAUCAAACAACAUCCUCGAGGCAUUCGGCAAUGCUAAAACGAACCGGAAUGACAACUCGAGCCGUUUUGGGAAGUACAUGGAUAUCAACUUUGACUUCAAAGGCGAUCCUAUUGGUGGACACAUCAACAACUAUCUGCUGGAAAAGAGUCGUGUUGUUCACCAACAAAAAGGCGAGAGGAACUUUCAUUCCUUCUAUCAAUUACUGUCAGGGGCACAGGAUUCACAGCUGAGCAAGUUGAUGCUGACUCGGGACACAACAAAGUACCAUUAUACUCGACAGGGCGGCAGCUCAACAGUAGAUUCCAUCAAUGACAAACGAGACUUUCGCAGUGUGAUGGAUGCCAUGAAGGCGACUGGGUUCUCCUACAAGCAUGUUGAGACUUUAUGGAGCAUCGUGUCAGCUGUUAUUCACUUGGGAAACUUAGAAUAUUCCACCGAUGAUGAUCUGGCUGUGAUUCCCAACAAGUCGGCCAUUAACGACAUCGCCCAGCUUCUGUCGGUCGACCCAUCAAUGCUGGAGAAGACAUUGCUACACCGUGUCAUCGCAGCAGGAGGCAACGUUGUCGAGAAGGGCCUCAACGAAAAGGAUGCUCUUUAUGCUAGGGAUGCUUUUGCAAAGGCAAUCUAUGACAGAAUGUUCUCGUGGAUUGUAUCGCGCAUCAAUGAAGCCAUAAAUCCAAAGCUGUCUGGUCAACUGGUGGGCAAGAAUACCGUGAUUGGAGUGCUUGACAUCUACGGCUUCGAGAUAUUUCAAAACAACAGUUUUGAACAGUUCUGCAUCAACUACUGCAAUGAGAAACUACAGCAGCUGUUCAUCGAGCUGGUGUUGAAACAAGAACAGGAGGAGUACACGCGGGAAGGAAUAGAGUGGCAACAUGUGGACUAUUUCAACAACAAGGUGAUCUGUGACUUGGUGGAGCAGCCUCAUCAAGGAAUCCUCGCUAUUCUGGACGAAGCUUGUCUUAACGUCGGCAAGGUCACAGACGCGAUGUUCCUUCAAGCAAUGGCACAGAAACUGGGCAGAAAUGAAAGAUUUACCUGCCGAUCGUUGAACCCAGCAGACAAGACUCUGGAGUAUGACCAGGAUUUCCGGAUCCGUCACUAUGCCGGUGACGUUGUGUAUUCCGUGGUCUCGUUCAUCGACAAGAACAAAGACUCGUUGUUCCAGGACUUCAAACGUCUCCUCUACAACAGUUCGGAUGAAUUGCUACAGAUCAUGUGGCCUGAAGGAAAACAGCUCGUUACAGAGACCACAAAGAGACCGACGACAGCUGGAACUGCAUUCAAGAACUCUAUUAUAGCUCUUGUGAAAAAUCUCGCCUCAAAGGAACCCCACUAUGUGCGGUGCAUCAAGCCAAACGAGAUCAAGUCUCCGGUGACGUUUGACAACGAGCGGGUCAAGCAUCAGGUCCGGUACCUCGGUCUAAUGGAGAACGUGCGCGUCAGGCGGGCCGGAUUCGCUUACAGAAUGGGCUACACCAGGUUUCUCCUCAGAUACAAGUGCAUCACCAAACAGACAUGGCCAAACUACAAGGGUUCUGAUUAUGAUGGCGUCAAGAGCAUCAUCAACACCAAAGGUUUCCAGGACGAUGUCAAAUAUGGCCGCUCCAAAAUCUUCAUCCGAUCACCACAAACUAUUUUCGCACUGGAGGAAGCUCGUGAUGCUACAAUUCCAACCAUUGUGAAGUUUCUUCAGAGGGUAGCGAGAGGCGGUCUUGCGAGGUUGAGAGUGAAGAAGAUGCGUGCGAUGUAUCUGAUCAUGGAUCACUACCGCAAGUACAAACUGAGGACCUACAUCCUGAAACUUGUCGACAUCUUCAAAAAUGUGAAGAGAAUGCCAGACUAUGGGAAGAGUAUAAAAUGGCCAGCUCCACCUCUGGUUCUCCAAGACAUGGUGUUAAUGUUGAAGAAAGUCCAUGGGAGAUGGCGAGGGAACAUGAUUUUGAGGAAGAUCCCAAUUAAGGAAAGGCCAGCGUUGAGGAUAAAGGUUGUCGCCGGUGACGCCCUCAAAGGUCGUCGAGUCGACUGGGGAGUCAAACGGAAGUGGACUGGCAAUUACCUCACAUCGUCCCAAGACAAUCCCAACACGGCUGAGUUUGUGGCUCACAUGAAUCAGCUGAAGAGUCAAGAUGGUUUCACACAGAUUAUCUUCUCUUCAUUUGUCAGAAAGGCAAACAAGUUUAACAAGACCGCUGAGCGGGGUGUCGCGUUCACAGACAAGUUCAUUUACAAACUAGAUUCCCAGAAACAUUUCAAGGCGAUGAGAAAAGGAACACCAAUUGGAGAUAUAACUGGGCUGAGUGUGUCCCCAGACAAAGACCAGCUGAUUGUGGUGCACCUCAUUGGAGGAAACGACCUUGUCCUUUAUCUACAGAACCCUCGUGGGGAGGAACGUGUCGGCGAACUGGUGGGGGUUCUGUGUUCAUUCUGGAUGAGCCACUAUCAGAAGGAUUUGAAAGUGACCGUCAACAAAGUCCUCAACUGUAGUCUCGGUGGUAAAAGUCGUCAGAUCCUAAUCAAGUCAGGGGCAGCGAAUGGUGCACCAGUGUUUAAGAAAGAGGGACAGAAUUUGGCCCUGUUGGUGCCCUCUUAACAAUGAUGUGGUCAAAGUGUGUGGGGUAAUAAUAGAUUAAACGUGGAAUUGUGAACAUACCGUAAAUAGCUACAUGUAAUACAUUAAAAAUGUGAAAUUGUGAACAUACAGUAAAUAGCUACAGGUACUUGUAAUAGGAUAAAAAUGUGAAAUUGUGAACACAGCAAAUACAUGUACCUAGCUAAUAGGUUAAAAAUGUAAAAUUGUGAACAGACAGUGAAUAUAUUGUAGCUAGUAAAUAGGUUAAAAAUGUAAAAUUGUGAACAGACAGUAAAUACAUUGUACUAGGUAGCUAAUACAUGUUGGUUAAAAAUGUGAAAUUGUGAACAGUAAACAGUUAGUUAAUGGUAUAAAAUGUGAAAUUGUUCAUGCACAUACAAUCAGUAGCUAGUUAUUAGGUUAAAAUUGUGGACAUGUGAACAUGCAAUAAACUGCAACCUAAUAGGUUGAAAAUGUGGAAUAAUGAACAGAUAGUAAACAGCUAGUUACUAGCCCUAUUAACUAGCAGUUUACUUUAAAUUAUUCACCUAUUAAAACCAGCUAGCUAAUAGGUUAAAAAUGUAGACUUGUGAAAAUACAGUUAGCAACUAGUUAUUAGGUUAAAAAUGUGGACUUGUGAACAUAUAAUCAAUCAGUUUAUUAGCGAGAAAAAAAAGAAUUAGGAGAUAACCAUAUGGAGUUUUUAGAUUUGUGGGAGUUAUUGUCUAUUUGAUCCCACAAAUGUCAUUUUUGACUGAAGACGUUGGCCU